CGACGACAUCGGGCGACCCUGCAGGAUGGUGGCUGCGGCCGCGGCGGCGGCGGUGGUGCCGGCGGCGGAGGCUGAGCCAGGCGGCGGGUAGAAAAUGGCGGAUUUCGAGGAGCUCAGGAAUAUGGUAUCAAGUUUUCGGGUGUCUGAACUGCAAGUGUUGCUGGGUUUUGCUGGACGUAAUAAAAGUGGGCGCAAACAUGACCUCCUAAUGAGGGCUCUGCACUUGCUGAAGAGCGGCUGUAGCCCAGCAGUUCAGAUCAAGAUCCGGGAACUCUACCGGCGCCGCUAUCCCAGGACAAUUGAAGGCCUUUCUGACUUGACUGCUCUAAAAUCUUCAGUUUUCAACCUGGACAGUAGCUCUUCUCCGGUGGAACCUGACUUAGCCGUGCCCGGAUUGCAUCCCACACCUUCAACCUCGGUUGCUCCCCAAUCACCUUCCUCUCCUCUUGGUUCAGUGUUACUUCAGGACACCAAGCCUCGUUUUGAGAUGCAGCAGCCGUCCCCGUCGGUUCCUCCAGUGCAUCCUGAUGUUCAGUUGAAGAAUCUCCCUUUUUAUGAUGUGCUUGACAUUCUCAUAAAACCUACCAGCUUAGUACAGAGCAGUAUUCAGAGAUUCCAGGAGAAGUUCUUUAUUUUUGCUUUAACACCCCAACAAGUCAGAGAAAUCUGCAUUUCCAGGGACUUUUUGCCCGGAGGCAGAAGAGAUUACACAGUGCAGGUUCAAUUGAGACUGUGCCUAGCAGAAACAAGCUGCCCUCAAGAGGAUAACUACCCCAAUAGUUUAUGCAUAAAAGUGAACGGGAAGCUCUUUCCGUUGCCGGGAUAUGCACCUCCACCUAAAAAUGGAAUUGAACAGAAGAGGCCUGGACGUCCCUUGAACAUUACAUCAUUAGUUAGACUUUCCUCUGCGGUGCCAAACCAGAUUUCUAUAUCCUGGACAUCUGAAAUUGGAAAGAAUUACUCAAUGUCUGUGUAUCUCGUGCGCCAGCUGACUUCAGCAAUGUUGCUACAGAGACUAAAAUUGAAGGGUAUUCGGAAUCCUGAUCAUUCUCGGGCACUAAUUAAAGAAAAACUCACUGCUGAUCCAGAUAGUGAAAUUGCUACAACCAGCCUGCGAGUAUCACUGAUGUGUCCUCUGGGGAAAAUGAGGCUGACCAUCCCCUGCCGUGCCGGCACUUGUACUCACCUGCAGUGCUUUGAUGCCGCUCUCUAUCUUCAAAUGAAUGAGAAGAAGCCGACCUGGAUCUGUCCCGUGUGCGACAAGAAAGCGACAUACGAGAAUCUCAUCCUGGAUGGGCUCUUUAUGGAAAUUUUGAAUGAAUGUUCAGAUGUUGAUGAGAUCAAGUUCCAGGAGGACGGUUCCUGGUGCCCUAUGAGGCCCAAGAAGGAGCCUUUGAAAGUCGUAAGUCCACAGUGCCCCAAAAUAGAAAUCCUGCACUCUCCAGGUUCUGCCAUGGUCAGUAAGCAGGGCUCGACCCCCACUGGCGAAGUCAGCAAGAAGAAAGUGGACGUCAUCGAUCUCACUGUAGAAAGUUCGUCUGACGAAGAGGAGGACGCCCCGCCCAAACGGAAAUGCAUAUACAUGUCGGACACACAAGCGAGUCCCACGAAAGGCGUCCUUGUGUAUCAGCCGGCAGCCGUACGAGUGCCAGGAGUCAGCACGGUGGAUUCUACGGCCAUCGCCCCAUCAUUAACAGACUACUCUGUACCCUUCCACCAUCCACCAAUAUCAAGCAUUUCGUCUGACUUGCCUGGUAAUGAUUUCCUGGUGGUUCUUCACCUAGACCCGCAGUACUGUGCUCCUAUGUUUUUGGAUAGUCUCACCUCGUCCUUGCCAGCAAACACCGCCUCCGGCAACAUCCUCACCUCAGCCAGCCCCCUCGACAGCAGCAGCACUCGCGUUAGCUCUUCGGGCCGGAGCGAGACGGCCGUGCUCAGCAGUAACAGCGUGAGCAACAUUCCGGAUAUCAUCUCCCUGGACUAAAAAAAAAGCUGAUGAAAAUCUGGACUGCCUUCUUCGCAGCUUGGAACUUUUAUUUUAAAAUAUUUAUUGGGAGAAGACAAACAAAGCAAACAAAAAGCUUUGGAUUCCACGACUGUUUACGUGCAGAUUAACAGUGGAAGAAAACUGACUGGAAUUUUUUCUUUUUCCUUUUCAUCUUGGAUGUUUCUCUUUCUUUCUCACUCUCUGUGUCUUCUCUCUUUGUCUCUGUCUCUUUCUUUCACUCUCUCUCUUCCUCCCUCCCUCUCUUCCUCCCUCCCUCCAUUUUGGGAGAAAUAUUUUCCAACAAGCCAGCCUUUCAACUUUAUGGUGGUGAAACUGACGCAGUUUUACUCUGGAUUCGAAGGAUGAAUGUGCUAAUUAUAACUUUGGCUUAGAUCUAGCAAUAAUGUAAAAAAAAAAAAAGCAGUGUUUAAAAUGAAUUUAAUUACUCGUGUGACAAAAACCUGCCUUAUCCCGGAUCUUAAGGACAAGAGGAAGGAGUUUAAAUUUUGAGGAAUUCUUGACCUUUUGCUGGGACCUGGAAGAAAUCCUUAACGGAGAGGAUGCAACUCUGCAAACUUAACAGUUGUAUAAAUUGUUUGCCUCUUCCCUUCCUCUUCCGUGAGAUCACAAUCCCUCUCGUAAAUAUGAAUUGGUGUUUCUAUUUAGGAGUCUGCUCUCCUGAAACUGCUCAGUUACAUGUGCAAAAAACAAACACCCCAACCCUGUGAGAACUGGGGGGGGAAAGUAUGCUAUGCAAAGUCUGUUUCAUGCAUCUAAUCUGUGUUUGUAAAGAUGUGAAUACGAUAUUCAGAGGUUAAUUUUUAGGAUGGGUCGUCUGUUCUCAUUAAGAGGAAGGAAAGGGGCGAGGCAGAGAUCGCUGCUUCAGAUCUUGCAAAAUAGCCCGUGCUUCAGGCCUCUGGAUGGUUCCUUGGCAUCCUUUUUUUUAUCUGCACAAGGAUCAGGACAUUGAACCACAGCUCACAUCACGCUGAUCAUUGCUACUAGGAAGAUUGGCCCUCAGUUGUCUUAAAGAGUUGUUUUAUGAGUGUAGCUAAAUUAAUGAGAAAGGAUUGUCACGCUACAAACUUCCAUCAGUUAGAAAGGGGGGGGGGGACCUCAGCGAAAGAAGCAAAUGAAUGCUUUAAGCCAGGGGUUCCCUGGCCCACUACCGGGCCGCAUGAGUGGUCGGCCUAUGCGCCUGCCUCUGUACACAUAUAGAGCCGCCCCCGCACACUCAUGGGAACGUCGCCAUAGGCGCUCACGGCCUCACUCAAGUGCCACGAACAUUGUGGGCGCACAUGCACUCGCCCCCACCCACAAAAUGACCCCCUUUCCCUCCCCCGCUCCAGGCCGCCAACCCAGAAAGUUUGGGGAACUCUGCUUUAAGCCUCACGAGUAGGGUUUUUUUGGUUUGUUUUUGUUUUGUGUGUGUGUGUGUGGCCGAAACGAAAUUGCUGAAACUAUCCCAGGAAGAGUCCUGCUGAAUAGUAUCAUCCUUGGAGGAUAAUUUCCAAGUAUUUCAUAAAGAAGCAAUUUCACUGAUAAUCAUUAUUUGCUCCCCGCCCCCAACUGUACAAAAUCUGUGAUACUGGGGAAUCUCCCAAAUAGGUGCCCUCGUGUAAAGUGCUUUCCCACGGUCAGGUUUUGUACCCGAGACCCCUGGAGUGCAAGCUUGUUUCAUCAGCUACGGCAUUAAAAAAAGAAUCUCUCCGAAGGAGAAGCAGCCACUAACCUAGAUUGGAGUGUCCAAAUCUUGGCCAUUUCUAAAACCUGUGUGGACUUUUCAACUCCCAGAAUGGAAUUCUCAGAGAUGAAGUCCACAGGUUUUCAAAACCCCUGACCUAGAUCAAUAAAGAAAAACCCCAAGAAAAAAAAAAAACAGCAGCCCCUUCAUGCCUUAGAGGUCCUGCAAACCUUUUCAUGAAACUUCCCGUAACUUUUUAAUAGUUGGCCGGAGCAUUUUAGCCAGAGUAGAUGAGAUGAGAAAAGCUCCAAGAUUUCCUUCCUAUUUUUCUCCCUACCGUUUGCUUAAAGGUCUCAGAAGUUCUCUUCCCUGCUCUCCCUUUUGACUUCCUUCCUUUUUUGUUUCUCUUUUAUCCAACUGGUGUUCCUAAAUUGCAGAGGCAUUGCCGGAUCAAUCUUUUGCUUUCCUAACCAAGUCUUAAUAUUUAUAGAGUUUAUCUGGGCCGUUUUGAUGCCUGAAGCAUCCUGCAGGUAACCAUUUCCCUUUGGAUGUUCUACCCUGAACGACACUGGUUUUGUUAUCGUUAACGACCGCGGAAAUCAAUUUUUAGCUAGCAUUUCAUCGAUCUCCACGUGUCUGCUGGGUUGUUUUUUUUUGUAUUGAUUAAAAGUAAUCAAUUCUUCUCUCUUUGGUUCAAGAAAAAUAAUGCUGUUUGCUACUACUUUUGAGAUUUUCUCUUCAGUGCUGUUCGAAAGGACUUUUUUUUUUUCUUCCUGUAGUUUUUUCCUCCUGUUGUGCUGUAAAUUCUAAAGGUUCCCGGAGAGAUGCACUAAAACUCAGGGGA